CCCGUCCUCCAGUGUGGUGCGUUGAUUUCAUACCAGAGUCAUACUUCACAUUCCACCUCUACUGUCAAAGCUCUGACAAAUAUUAGGGCAAAACAACAAGGCGCCAAAUUACUGCAAAGUCCCCAAAUCCAGCGGCGGCUCGGAGCGGGCCUGGCAGAAUAAAAGAGAAAAGUUCAUACCUGGAUCACGCUCCCGUUUCAGCCUCAAGAGGAGUCCAGUGGUUUGUUAUAAACCCACAGGCUCGCACAGAGAGAGAGAGAGAGAGAGAGAGACACACAACACAACACAACACAACAGGAUUUGGAGGAAUACACAACUUCAGGCUGGUCUGGAUCCCUGCAUCCCCGAAGAUCUCCCACAGAUCUUUUGAUAUUGGGGCUCGGGGUCGGGCCCAGGGGGAGCCGCCACCAUUGCGUCCAACGAGUGGAGCGCCAACGGUAGCCCAGAAGAUGGGCUGGACGGGGACAUUGACGACAAGACCAUGGAGGGGGACGCCGAGGGGGUGUGGAGCCCGGACAUCGAGCAGAGCUUCCAGGAGGCCCUCGCCAUCUACCCUCCCUGUGGCAGGAGGAAAAUCAUCCUGUCAGACGAGGGAAAGAUGUAUGGUCGCAAUGAAUUGAUAGCACGGUACAUCAAGCUGAGGACAGGCAAAACCCGCACAAGAAAACAGGUGUCUAGUCACAUACAGGUGUUAGCGCGGAAGAAAGUUCGUGAAUACCAGGCUGGUAUAAAGGUUUCUAGCCACUUGCAGGUUCUCGCCCGGAGAAAAUCUCGCGAGAUCCAGUCAAAGCUAAAGGCGAUGAAUUUGGAUCAGGCAUCUAAAGACAAAGCCCUGCAGAACAUGGCAGCACUGUCGUCUGCACAGAUCGUCUCACCGAGUAUGAUAAAGAACCACCUCCCGCCGCUGCCUCCGGCCUCCUACCAACAGCACAGAUUCUGGCCUGGUCCCAUCCCAGGACAGCCGGGACCCUCUCAGGAGCUGGUUCUAGAUCUCAACCCGGGGAGGCCUCCUGGGCUUGGACGCAACAGCCAUUCUAUCAAAUCGUAUCCACAGCCACCGUACCCAAGCCUCUCAGGUCCUGUACCACAGUCCAUACCAAGUGUGUGUGUGGGUGGUUCAGGUUAUGAGUCCUUGGCGCCUCCUCUUGCACCAUCUGCCACAGCAGUGCCGGUGUGGCAGGACCGGACCAUCGCCUCCUCUAAGCUGCGGAUGCUGGAGUACUCGGCCUUCAUGGAGGUUCAGAGAGACCCAGACAACUACAGCAAACAUCUGUUUGUCCACAUUGGACAGACCAACCCGUCGUACAGCGACCCGCUGCUCGAGGCGGUGGACAUCCGGCAGAUCUACGACAAGUUCCCAGAGAAGAAGGGCGGCCUCAAAGAGCUUUACGAGAAAGGCCCUCAGAACGCUUUCUUCCUAGUUAAAUUCUGGGCGGACCUGAACAGCAGCGGCAUGCAGGACGGCCCCGGAUCUUUCUACGGUGUCAGCAGCCAGUACAGCAGCAUCGAGAACAUGACCAUCACCGUUUCAACCAAAGUCUGCUCGUUCGGCAAGCAGGUCGUCGAGAAAGUCGAGACAGAGUACGCCCGCCUGGAAGGAGGAAAGUGUGUUUACAGGAUCCACCGCUCCCCGAUGUGCGAGUACAUGAUCAACUUCAUCCACAAACUCAAACACUUGCCCGAAAAAUACAUGAUGAACAGUGUUCUUGAAAACUUCACCAUCCUGCAGGUGGUGACGAACCGUGACACCCAGGAGACCCUGCUCUGCAUAGCGUUUGUGUUCGAGGUUUCCACGAGCGAGCACGGGGCUCAGUACCACGUCUACAGACUCGUCAAAGACUAACAGCUCUUUCAGGGAGGUUUGGGGAAUAAGCCAGACAACAAAGCGUGACACAAUCUCUCUUCGACCAGCUCAACCAUCCAGGAAAAAAAAACAACCAGAAGAAAACAUUCAAAACGAUGCUAGACCGAACUAACAAGGACAGAUUCAUUCAGGAGGAAAACAAAAACAGUGAUACUCAACGUGCCGACGCGCAAAGAAAUUUUUUGAAGAAUUACGGAUUUUUCGAACAACUAUAGCUAUUUUUUCCAUGUGUUCAAACAUGCUUUAGAUGAAGUGGGUCACUUUUGCCAAGGUAGCUGAUGGAGCUCGAAAUGUUUUUAUUGAGGGAGCGAGAAUGUGUUUGGUGGGUUGAGAAGAACCCUGAUGUUUUUCCGAGGGGGGAAUACACUCUGAGCAAUAAUAGAGUGUGUGUGCGUGUGCCAGAAUGAAAAGGUCGAGACAACAGAACCACAGAAGGGGGGGAAAACCAGAGCCAAGUGAUGUUGUUGCCGUAGGAAAGCAAGCAAGUGCCUUUUCUCCAAAGAUAUCAUUGCCUGCCACUUUGAAUUGCCUUUUUAUUACUACCUCUUGUUUUUAAAUGAACAGAAAAUAGUCAUACAGGUGUAUUUUGUCAAAAAAAAAAAGAAAAAAUUGGAAUAGGAUGUCCGGAGAAUUUGUUCUGGACUUUCACAGCAGGAGAUUCUCCGCUGAGUCACCUUCACAACAACAGAGAAAUCUCCGGCGCGUUCAGGCGAGAGCUGGUACUGCAGCCCACAGGCAGGUAGUGACGUAUUAAUUCCGCUGUGGAGAUCUCUCUGGUUUUUGUUUACAGCCCAUCGACACCGGCGUCGGCCCCUCGUCACCAAAAGCUCUUUUGACAUUUUAGUCGGUGUCUUCUACGUGUACGGCUUCUCUUCUUCAUCCUGAGAUAUUUGUUUUCUCUUUAGUUUUUUGUUAGAAACGUCAUCAACACACCCGCUCUCACAGGAUCUCCUGCUGUGUUCUCACAUCAGGUCCUCCAGACCUUCUGCAGAGUUUUUACUAGCGGGCUGACCCGGGGAAAGUCUGCAGGCUCUCACUCGGACAUUCACACAUACAGACCCCUUCUGAGAAUGUCUGGAGGAUCUCCGGAGUUCAGUGCACGUCUGAAAGCAGCUAAUCAAACAUCAGAUUCACACCUAUUUCGAGGCAGUUUUUUGUAUUUGGGCACAAAGAGGAACGGGGGGUGGGAUGACUAAUUUUCAUGUAGCCUGUUGUUUUACAGUCCAAGUGUACAGGGAGGAGGUUUAUUGUGUUACCGUAUUAUAAAAGUUCUGCUUUUUUUUUAAUGUUUUCUUACACAGUAAAAAAAAAAAAAAAAAUCAG